AUGGCAACGUUAGUCGGUGACCAUGACGACAUCCACGACCCAAUUUCCCCCCACCCAAGACGCAGUGAAGAUAACACCCCGUUCGUAGACGACGAGGACGAACUCCAACCCCAACAAGAGCAACACAACGAAACCCAAAACGAACACGAACAAAGGCUCUCCCGCAUAGAAACGAAUACCAGCAUUAGCAGUCGCCCGCGCGAAGCAACCGAACUAGACGAGAUCCGUCGCCUGUCCACGGAGACCGCCACAUUCUCCAUCCAGGGCGUCCUCGUCGCGCAGCUCUUCCGCCUGCAAUCUUCAAAGUCCUCAGGAGCACCAGGAGGGCCUUCUUCGCGCUUAAAAUUUGCGUCUGUCGCUGUUCCGCUUAGUGUCGCGUAUCAGACCUGCGCAAUUUUGGUGGCGUUGUUGGGCGCGUAUCGGUUUUGGAGGCAGCAGAAUGCGAUUGCGAGGGGGAAGGUGUUGUCUGGUGGGUGGGAGAUACAUGGGAUUGGGUUUAUGACUUUUGUUGCUGGGGUGACGUUACUGUCGCUCGCGAUUGUGAUCAUUGUAGAGACUAAUUGA